AUGCGGACGUUUGAGCCAUAUGUCUUGACACCGUUGGAUCAUUUAUUACCACCAGCGCACAUGUUUACUUUCUUUACAUUCGAGCUUGAACGUCCCUCAGAAAGCAUUCAAAUUCUGCAAGAAGCUCUCUCGCGGUUGCUGGUAGCCCUUCCAUUCUUGAGCGGCAAUGUAGCCAUGUCAAGCCAAAUAAAAGACAAAGUGAACCUGCAAGAGGUAAGACCAGCAGAUGGACCAACAAUGCUUCAGUUCCCAAUGCUUCAAGUUCAGCAUCACCGAAAUAAAGUUUGUGCCAUCGACUGGGAUGCGAUCUUCAACCAAAAUUACAUUCCACUCCCUCUUGUGAUGUCAUCUUCAUUGCCAAUUCCAGUGGCCCGAUUCCAAGCCAAUGUUAUGAAAGAUGCAGUUGUCGUUUGUAUGGCCUCCCACCACAUGGCGAUGGAUGGUCUCGGCGCCAUGGCCGUAUUAGAAUCAUUGGCAGCGUGCUGUCGAAAUGCUGCACCCAUUACCAGCAUGAUUCUUCAAGCGGAGGUAAGGAAGCAGAUUGCGGCAGCAACGAGCGCUAAGCCUGUAGACCAUCACGAUGGGUAUGGUCAGCCACCUCACCUUACCGCAAUCCCUAUUAGUCGCAAUUUCACCUUAUCUGCGGAAAAAAUACGCAAACUCAAAGAGACCUGCAAUUCCAUCAUCCUUGGGGGAGCUGAAGACAAAGCUUACCCUACCUUGUCCAGCAAUGACAUAGUUACGGCCUUGAUAUGGAUAUGCGUGAUGCGAGCACGCCAAGCAAACUCAAUGCUUGUUCCAGGAAAAUUGACUUCGUCAUUGAACCUAGGAGUUAGUGUACGCACGAUUCUACAGCCUGGGAUUCCGAAGAGCUACAUUGGAAACGCUGUUCUCGUGGCCCCAUGCUCAUUUCCACUGAAGGCAAUGGAAGGUCGGGGCAAAUAUUGGGCCCAAGACUUGUGCCUCUUAUGUGAUGUUGCGCAAGCAGUAAGAAGUGAAGUCCAAGCUAUCACAAAUGAGCAUGUUCGCAAAAUUGUGUCUCACAUCACCCAGUCGAGCAACUGGGGGUCCUUCCAGAUACAGUAUCCUGACUUGGUAGUCAGCAAUCUUCGCCAAUCUGAUAUCUAUCAAUGGGACUUUGGGUCUGUUCUGGGAAGAGUAUCCAACGUAGACAUCCCUGAUCCUCGUUUUGAUGGCUUGUGUUGGAUCAGACCGGCCAAUCCAAUCCUUACGUCAAAUCCACAGGCCGGUAGGGAUCAAUCACCUCCUUGGGACUUAAGAGUGGUACUAGAGGAAUCUGUCAUGCAAUGCCUACAGGAGGAAUCUUUCUUUCGUUGGAUGCAAUCCUCGCUGCCUACUCCUGAGAGCAUUGUUUCAAGCCAGAGCCCCGAAAAUUUUACGAUGUAUGGGGGAGGGUCAAAGUUAUGA